GUCGGCAAAUUUGUUUCACCAACAUGGCGACCGGCAUCAGCAAAACAGACGUUCUAUGCAAGUAUUUUCAAAACGGUGUAUGCCAGCGAGGUGAAAACUGUAGUUUUUCUCAUGAUCGUUCAACUCGUCCAGACAUGACCUGCAGAUUUUACUUGCAAGGAACUUGCUCAUAUGGAGCCAAUUGUAGAUUUGAUCACAUUAAAGCAGACAGGAAAACAAGGCAGAACUUUGAGAAGCCAAAGACUUUGGUGUCGAAUGAGAAACUGUUUCAACAUUUAGUCAGUGAACGUCCUUCAAAGCUAGUUUCUUUAAGCAAAGGAUCUACUAAACAAUGUGAAAAUGAGAAAAUCUUUAAUUGGGCAGAGGCACCAACAUUUGUUCCAGGAACAAAAUAUCAAUCAAGGAACAAUUCUUCAGAGUUGAAAAAUAGUGCCAUCAAGGAGGACUUUUCGUACUCUGAUGUUGCAAGGACUGGCAUUGAAUUGACAUGUGUUGAUGAAAUGACUGAUGAAGAAGCCGGGACAAUUUUGUGUCCAUUUGCAGCUGUCGGUACAUGUAGUGAUGGUGACAGUUGUCCAUUUCUUCAUGGGUUGCGUUGUGAAGUUUGUGAUUGUUAUUGUUUGGAUCCAAAUGAUCCUGAACAACAGAAAGAACAUCGUAGUGAAUGUAUGAAAUGGCUUGAAGACGAUAUGAAUUAUUCAUUUGCCGUGCAGAAAAGUGACGAAGUAUGUUGCGGGAUAUGUUUGGAUAAGAUUCGGUUGAAUCCAGACUCUAAGGAUAAACGGUUCGGGAUACUUCCUGAGUGCAAUCACCCGUUUUGUUUAACUUGCAUCAGAAAAUGGAGAAGUUCAUCAAAAACGAAAGACAAGUUUGUAAGAGCGUGUCCAAUAUGUCGGAUAUCAUCUGGAUUUGUUAUACCUAGCGAAGUCUGGAUUGAUGACCCUUUAGAGAAAGCGAAACUCAUAAAAAUGUACAAAGACGCUCUCAGCAAGAAGCCAUGUAAGUACUUUGACACUGGUAAAGGAAGUUGCCCUUUUGGAUCAAGCUGUUUCUAUAAGCACGCCAAUCCUGAUGGUUCUAUAGCUAAAGUGAAUAUACGCCGUUACAGCAACAGUAAAGGAGAAAGUUUGAUUGUGAACUCCUCGAGUCUUUGGGAAUUCAUCGAAGCAAGAGAUGGUGUAAGUUUGGAGGAAUUACUUGAGAGUCUGUUUGAGUAGAAACAAUCAAAUCAACGUCCUUCGAGCGUUUUUGCAUGCGAUGAGAAAUUAUUCAGCACUAUGAUCGACACCUAGGAAAUUUAAUCAUCAAUUGUAUAUUCUUCUUAGAGAACAUUUGCGUGUCAUGUAAAAAACGUUACACCGUUAGUUCAAAGUAAGGUGUUGAUAAAUAAUAGCUGCCCUUCGCCUUUC